CAACCCUGCAUGGAUUCGUUUCUUUUCUCUAGAAGAUUUUCUAAUAGCUGCACGCGAACUCCGCGAUUGUCUUCUAUAAGUUUAAUUUUCAAUAUAUUGUUAAACGCAUAGUGCCAAUUGCAGUAGAGUAUACGCAUCCAAGCAAUAACAUAAACAAAAAACCUGGUCUUUGCUAAAAAUUUUCUUUGUUAUUUAAGUAACUCGAUUUUGCCAACCAGUGCGGACUAAAGGUAUUAUCUUGGAAUAUUUGCAGAAAAUGAGAACUUCAAGUGUGGUUCAAUAUGCGCUUCGUAUGAGUUUUGGACAGGCAGAAAUAUAAAAAAACGCCCGCGUACGUUACCGCUUUCACAUUACUAUCAUGGAACAGAGCAUAUAUCAACCUGGAGAUAUCUGCCCGAAUUGCCAGCAGAAUGGCAUGCACCAUCGAUUACGCAGCUUUUAUAUUGACAUAAAUGAGCAAAUAGUUAAAUGUGAAAGCCUCUCCUGCCUGUAUCCGUACAUAAAUGACUUUUCUGAUUCUGAGGACGAUGGAAUGACCGAAGAAAGGCAUAUAAACGCUUCAAAAUCAUCUUCCACACCAUCUUUUGCUGCAAGUUCCAAUGCCAAUGAUAAUUUGGAUGAUACAGAAAGCGUGCGCUUUGUGGAGGCACUACUUUGUAUUAAUGGCAAUAAUAAUGGUGCUGAGGCAUUAAGUGCGUUAGGGCGCGCUGUAGAGACUAACUCAUCGUCAUCUUCCUUCACACUGCAACCUUCUAGUCGUGAUCCGCCAAUGGACGACCAUGUCGAAAGCGCUUCGCCAAUGGCCGACCAUGUCGACAGUGCGCCGCCAUCUUUUUCAGUAAAAUUUGACACUUUCGAGUCCAUGUCACAUCCUAAUGACAAAAUGACUGAACAGGAAGGUGUAAGCUUUAUUGACUCACUGUUCAGUAAUUGUGAAACUCAAGCGUCAGUUGCACCUAACAAUAAUGUGAUAGGAAAUCAACUAACUACACAAGCAAGCACUGCAUCUGUUGAUAUGCCAGUAUUAAAUUUCGAUUUUACGGAUAUGCAACCUCCUAAUGCUGACGAAUACUUACCGGCUAAGAAAAAACAAAAAUCACAAAUUGAAAUUCAGUGUAUACAAACAGUGAAAGCAGGAUUUACCAAUAGGAAUAUUGAAAGUAUUAUUAAAUGCGAAAGGGAGACAGAAAACGCAAAAGAAGAAAAAUCUAUAGAGCAAACCACUAAAACUAAGUGCAUUACAAAAGAAGUAGGUGUAACAACAGAAACUACUACGGUAACGCCAAAGGUAGCAGACUCGAAUAGCGAAAUGCGCAUAUCGCGUUACUUUGAGGCCUUGCAAAUGAAGCUAGGAAAUCUGCAAAAAUCACAAACAAAAGAAGAAACGUCAGUGGAGCGUAAGAAGCGUAAGAAGCAGCCUCCUCGUUCUAAUGUGCAGCAGCAACCAAAGUCAGACAAUGCAGCUGGGCGUAGAUUAGUCAACGUGCUACAGGUGUUACAGAGUAAAAAGCAGAAAUGAGCAGACACUUUUUGGUUGCGAUUAUGCAGUUAGGCGUAUUUAGCUGCAGUUAAAAUUAUAUCAGGCAAUGGCAAAACUUCGAGUGUACGAGUAUUUCUGCCAUGAAAAAGCUCCUCAUAAAAACCAUUUGCCACUUGGAGUCGGCUUUAAACUGUAGUUGCCGCGAUUUGUAUAAAUCCUCAAGACAAACACCACAAACAGGAGGAACAGACGGCCGAACAACUAACUGAAGAGUACGCGCCAAUUAUUUACUUAUUUUUAGAUUUAUAAUAAGUCUAUAUGUAUGAUAGAUAUGUACAUACGACGGGCAAAUACAUACAUACAUACACUCGUAUGAAUUCCCACGGUUUGUUUAUCAAUUCAAACAAUUUGUUGACCAAACAAAACGUAAUUUGUUAUUACUGAUAAUUUAACAUAUUUUAUUGCUAUUAUCUUCUAUAAUUAUUAAUUUUUAUUAUAAUUGAACUGAUAAACAUAAGAUUUUUUUUAAAUUUUUAUAUUGAUAAGAAAACUAAUGUAAUUUUUUAACACUACAAUACAUUUUUUCUUAAUAUCUGAUAUUAUUUUCCAAUUCCAAAAUAAAAAUGAAACUUAAAUCACUGCA